CGGGCCGCCACUAUCUCAGAACAUUGGGCUCGCUGUAGGCUAAGACUGGAGUGUUCACAGAACACGCGCAGCGUCCGAGGUUUCAAUGGGACAGGCCACCAGGCUCGCGGCCAUCAGGCGGUUUUACAGCGUCCGAAUGCAAGCUUUUUCUCGAACACCAUUUGUUCCUCAUUAUCUUCCUCGUUCUUGUCGGCAGUGCCCGGUGGUGGAGACCGCACUGAGCUACAGGCUCAGCGAGCUGUUAAAUGGAACCGUGAUGCUGGUGGGUCGUGUGACGACGUCUGUGUUCGAUUGCUUGCUGGGCUUUUUCCUUUCUUGGCCGCAAGCAAACAAAUUGCGUUACUUCUUGGUGUCGCUGAAUCUCGUCCACGUAAGACGCUGGCUCCUGCGCCAGAUCAGGAGAUUCCAGAGCCGCCCUCAAUCGCAGCGCGGCGAAGAAACUCGAAUGCGGCAUCAUUACAACUCCAACCAGCUGUAUGCGAUGUUUCUGCAAGAUCUAAUUUGACCUUCAACCCGCAAACGCCAUCCCCCAAGCAAACGUUCGGGUCCGGAAAGGUUAACGACUAUUUCCGAUUCUCGCAAGGCGAUGGUAGUAUUACUGGCAUGAUCAGUCCACCAUUGGCUCCCAAUUUCAAGCCAAAUUCGCAUCAAAGACAGCGAUCGUCGCAUUACGGUCAACCGCCAACCCCGGGCGCGCGCCAGCAUAUCCCCGCAUGGAAUUUAAGAGAGGAACAAACAAGAGAAGCGCUAGGUGUCGACUCGACCGUAGAUAACACAGCGGACGAUCCACUCCAUAUCCUCGAUACAUUGCCAAUACAAAAUAUGCGUAUAAGGUCGAAUGCGCCGGCGUCGGAUUCGAGAUGCGGUACCUUGAAGCGGCCUGCGGGAAUGGGUGAGGAGAGAAGAGCGACCUGGCCUAAAGACGCGGAGCUCGAUCCUACAUCAAGUGCUCUGCACAAUAGAAGAAAUCCCAGCGGUGCUAUGGGCGUUCACGGGACUGGCGCACCAGGCCUAGCACAGCAGCAGUCGCGACCGAUCACUAGUAACCUUCGCCCCGCUGAGCCGAGCGCAAAGUUUACAAGUCUACCAGAACCCGCCAAACCACCUCGGUAG